CCGCCCGCCUUUCCCCGCCCUCCCGAGCCUGAACUCCUGCCGGCUCGCCCCAGCCGGGGAAAGUUGGGACGACGAGGGAGGGCUGCUCGGGAGGGGAGAGCGGGGCGCUUGGCGGAGUGCAAUGCCAGGCGGAGAAGGGGAGGGCUGGCUCUGAACUCCCAGGCACUGAGGCAGAGAGGUGGCUGCUGCUCCCGGGGCUGGAGAGGGGCUUAGCAAAGGGACUGUGGAUUUACGUAGUGAUUCCCUCUGAUGUGAAUGCAGCAUCUCUUGUCCCUCUGGGAUGCCGUAGGUGAUGCCCAGCUCUACUGCAAUGGCAAUUGGCGCUCUCUCUAGUUCUCUUCUUGUAACCUGCUGUCUCAUGGUUGCUCUCUGUAGCUCCACCAUACCUGUGCAAAAACUGGCCAAGGCUCCAGACAAACAGGAGAUAAAAACAAGUCAGGAAAAGAGGGAUCAUACAUCAACCAGGCCGGACAGUCAGAGUCAGACAGGCCCAGGGAAAAUGAAUGAACUUGGAAGGAAUGGGCGGGAAGAGGGCACCAGAGAUUGGAAGAGCAAAGGAAACAGAAAUUAUUCAAACAAAGAAUCUUGGACUAGGCAAAAACAGGUUUGGAAUAGUCAAGGAACAAGCAGUAAAUCUGGGAACGUUCAAGCACAGGAGCAAAGGGAUGGUGUUCCAGAGGAACCUCAGGCGGCUGAAGAAUCAUCCCUCCCAGAAGUUGUUGCUAGUACUACUCCUGAGCCUCCGGAGGAGUAUGCCUAUCCAGAUUAUCGUGGGAAAGGCUGUGUGGAUGAGAGUGGCUUCGUUUAUGCUAUUGGGGAGAAGUUUACUCCAGGUCCCUCUGCUUGCCCCUGCCUUUGCACUGAUGAGGGACCUCUAUGCAUUCAACCUGAGUGCCCAAGACUCCAUCCACGGUGUAUUCAUGUAGACACCAGUCAGUGCUGCCCACAGUGCAAAGAGAGGAAGAACUACUGUGAGUUCAGAGGAAAGACCUACCAGACACUAGAAGAAUUCAUGGUUUCCCCAUGUGAGAGAUGCCGUUGCGAAGCCAAUGGUGAAGUGCUGUGCACAGUGUCUGCUUGUCCUCAGACUGAAUGUGUGGAUCCAGUGUAUGAGCCAGAUCAAUGCUGCCCCAUCUGCAAAAAUGGCCCAAACUGCUUUGCCGAAACCACUGUCAUUCCAGCUGGCCGAGAGGUGAAGACUGAUGAAUGCACUAUAUGUCACUGUACUUACGAAGAAGGCACUUGGAGAAUUGAACGACAAGCUAUGUGCACUAGACAUGAAUGCAAACAAAUCUAGGGAAUCUACAAAUCAAAGUACUAUGAUGUUUUUAUAAAAUACUUCACUGCGGUGAAAACCCUAGAUAAGCCUGGGAAAGAUUAUUAAUUGUAAUAAGAAUAUUUUUGGUGAGGAGAAAAGAUCAUCAUACUGGUAUUUUGUUUUUCAUAGUAAUGUAAUACUGCAAGACAAAGAAAUACAUAUAUUUAAAAAAAGUUUGGACAUAAAAAAUCCUGUCUUAAUGUUUUAUUUUCAUGGUGAGUGCACUGAGUACACUCUAUCAAAUAUUCUAUGUAUUUAUAUAAUCCCAUUAUGCAGGUUAAAAUAAAUGUUUUAUAUAGAUACAGAUUAAAAUAUGGUACGGUCGCCUGUCCUAUUGUGUACAUGCACCAUGCCUAAAACAUUUCCGUUUUAGUUUUAUCAUGACUUUAUUUGUGGUGGGCAACAAUAAUAGACGUGUGGCCAGAAAAUAGCCAGCAAAUCAAUCAUAUAUUUCAGGUACUUUGAAGUUCUACCUUUUGAAAAUAUACGGUAUAAGCUUUAAAAGAAUGUGCUAAAUUUAUUAUAUGUGCAAAAGUAGGCCAAUUUCUCUUCUCAGUUAUUCUGGUGCAUCUCCAGUGGGCCUUCACUGGUAUAACUGGGAAGAGAAUAUGAAAUUGUGACUUUGAUUAUAGUAAUCGUUUCAGAACUCUAAACAUGGAUCCUAUAAGGAUUAAUUUCAGGAUGAAUUCAUUUGUGAUGUAAAGCGUCCCAUAUCUGAAAUAAUGGCUAUAAGUAACAAAACAAUGAAACUUGCAACCAUUUUACAUUUAAUGGUUGUGAAAAACAAGUACAACUGACAACAGAGGGUGACAGGGAGUAUAACAGGAGAAGCAACUAACAGGUGUAAGAUAAAGUAGGUCUCCACUAUUUUAUUUAAACAUGCUCUUGUUUUUCUGCUGCUCUCAUAUAUUAGACUUGGGUUGAAUCACUACUGAGGCCAAGGUUCAAGAAAGCACUUAAAUAUGGACUUAACAUAUGCUUCGAUGAAUUAGUGCAAUGUUAGUAAUGAGUAGUUAACUACAUGACACCUGAUGCAUAACUUACAUUGUUUAUCUCUCAGACUUCUAUCAGGAUUUUAAUGGAAGUUUUGCCAUUGACUUCAAGGGGCCAGGAUUUCACACCAAGUAUGGAUUUUGCCCACAUAGCUACCAAUCGCCAGACAACUGUUUGUUUCUCAACCAGAUCAUGGACAAGAAAAUGAGGAAACUACAAAGCAGCAAAGACAUAAAAUGCACAGCAAGCUUAAGUAACCAUAACAAUUAAAAAUCUGAAGAAAAAUAGUCCUACAACAAAAUGUACCUUCAAGUUCACACAUUGUCCGCCUGGAUGGACUGAGGCUAUCAAGGAAAGUAGGUUUUGGACUGAUUAUGAUUUUUUCAAACGUCUUCUGAAUCCAUCAACUAUCAAAAUGAUUUUCCUCAAGCCUAUGUACAUGUAUAUAAAGUACAUCAAAAUAUUAUACUAAAAAGCUAUUAUCAAUAAGCAGCAGAAAGAAUGUCCAACACAUGUUUCACUCUUAGCAUAAAAAUAUUACUCUGCUAGCGGUAGUAAAUGGAAAUCACUAAUGGGCAGAUUGUGAAGAGCAUCAUCACGUGUGCACCCAAUAUGCUAAGCACUCUUGCAAAUCUGGACAUAAAGUGCUUGAUCCUGCUACCAAUACCAACAAUAGUACCUCAUUCCCUGAGUAGAAAUUACUAGGGCAGUAAGGUCCUACUCAAUCUAACUAAAGGUGGCAGAAUUUGGCCCUAAAUCAGAGCCAAAUCCUAUUCACCUUGCAAAAGUAGUUAUGUUACUCAGAUGAAUAAAGCAAACAGAUUUUGGUCCCAAGUUACUAAAAGCUACAUUCACAAAGGUACUUAGGAUUCCAACAUUUAGGUGCCACUGGCAUUCUGAAAACCACCACUCAGCUUCUGUCUAGCCCUAUAGGUGCCUGAGUUUCGACCAGUCAGCACAUGCAAAGCCCUGAUGUUGCCCCACUGCUAAUGAGUGAGGCUUCUGAGCAACCCAAGCCAAAGCUCUCCUGGGAUUCUCAACCCAGGCAUUCUCCAGCUUCAACAGAACUGAUUGGAAAAACCCAACCCAGAAUACCCACCAACACAGAGAUUAGGGCACUCAUCUGGAAUGUAGGAGAGUUAGGUUCAAAUCCCUGUUCCAAUUCAGGGGCAUAGUAAGAUUUUCCACUUCAAAUUUUUAAUCCUGACACCAACAUAUCCAUUUCACCCAGAAUUUCCUGUCUGAUUUAUGUGAUUCCUCAUGAUUUCUCAGGUCUCUCUGGUUUACUGAAGUUGUUUCUCUAAUAUUGUUGAGUUGCAGAGACUGCUUUUUAAAAAUCACGAUUGGAAGGAUGACAAGAUGGCUAUGGAGAUUCAUAAUGGGCUAUGGAGCCUUUUUCAUCUAGGUCACUGAACAAAAAGCCAGCCCAGGUCCAUAGUAACUAUUGCCAGCUGAGGGCUGUUCAGUGGUCUGUGUGAAAUUGAUGGGCAAAGACAAAUUUCUAGCACAGAUGUCAAUGCUACACAGAAAACAACCCAUAAUUGGCUCUGACUGGCAAUAAAGAGGCAAAGGAGUGAACAAGCAGGAGUAUUGUACUCCACAAGGGUGAUUCUACUAUGUCAGUGAGCAGGAACAUUGGCAAUGUAAUGUGUGGGAGCCUAUCAGUAUGUACCUGUGAUACCUGUAGAUGUGAACUUCAGGCUCCAGCACUGUGAAUUGGGUACCUUGUAGAUGCACUCAUUUUUAUUUAGCGUUUAAAAUGUGGUGAUGGGAAGAUUUAAGAUAGACUAGGGCUAAUUCAGCCACUGUGAAAGAACAAUAUCCUCUCCCCUUCAAAAAGAAAAAGAAAAGGAAUAUACAACCUGCAGUGGGAUGUUGUCCCUCCCCAGGUGCUGAGAUCUAUAGCGGAAAGAAAAAAAGUUACAUUUUACAGAGAGUCUUUCAAAUAGCAGUGGAAAAGAACAAUAAAACCUUACCAAACAUGGAAUACAGGAAACAAAGACUGUCCAUCUGCAGACUUUUUUUCUAAAACUUUUUAAGUAGCCCAGAAUGUUCCUAGUGUCCAUAUUAGUUAAUCUAUACUGAUCUAGCUCUCACCACAUAACUAAAGUAAUAUUCCUGUUUCAAUCUAGGAGCACAUACUGUUUAAUUUCUUCAUACAAAAGCAGAAAUAAAAUCCAACUACAUAGAUCCUAAUGAGCAAAGCCACAUACAGCAUAUUGAGUUGCUGAGCGUAUCAUACUGAGAAGUGUUCAUCCGAGGUUUGAACAAAAAUGAAGAAACAUGGAAACAAGCUCUGUUUUGCUAACAGACAAUUUACUGGUUACUGGAAGUUAUAUUUAACUCUUUCCAGUUUAUAAUUUUAAUAAAAUAAAACAUAUGUUACUGAAGUGAAGAAAUGUCAGUUUGACAUAAAAUGAUCAUUUUAAAAUCUGACUGUGGUAAAAAUAUGUAAUACUGCAAAUAAUAUUAGACAAUGUAUAUUGUCAAAAACAGGGGACGACAGUUAAAAUGGUCAAAGGCACCUGCCGAUGUU